CUCCAGCCGAGCGGACCGGCGCGGCGGCCGGAGCGCCAGCAUCCCUGCUCGCGGUGCAGGAGCGGAGCCCGCGGCCACCGCCGCCAGAUCAGCCGGACCUCGGCCCACGCCCGCCCCGCCCGGCGAGAUGCUGCCAGUGUACCAGGAGGUGAAGCCCAACCCGCUGAAGGACGCGAACCUCUGCUCGCGCGUGUUCUUCUGGUGGCUCAAUCCCUUGUUUAAAAUUGGCCAUAAACGGAGAUUAGAGGAAGAUGAUAUGUAUUCAGUGCUGCCGGAAGUCCGCUCCCAGCACCUUGGAGAGGAGUUGCAAGGGUUCUGGGAUAAAGAAGUUUUAAGAGCUGAGAAUGAAGCACAGAAGCCUUCUUUAACGCGAGCAAUCAUAAAGUGUUACUGGAAAUCUUAUUUAGUUUUGGGAAUUUUUACAUUAAUUGAGGAAAGUACCAAAGUAAUCCAGCCCAUAUUUUUGGGAAAAAUUAUUAAUUAUUUUGAAAAGUAUGAUCCCACGGACUCUGUGGCUUUGCACAAAGCGUACGCCUAUGCUGCGGUGCUGACUUUUUGCACGCUUAUUUUGGCUAUACUGCACCACUUAUAUUUUUAUCAUGUUCAGUGUGCUGGGAUGAGGUUACGAGUAGCCAUGUGCCAUAUGAUUUAUCGGAAGGCACUUCGUCUUAGUAACAUGGCCAUGGGGAAGACAACCACAGGCCAGAUAGUCAAUCUGCUGUCCAAUGAUGUGAACAAGUUUGAUCAGGUGACAGUGUUCUUACACUUCCUGUGGGCAGGACCACUGCAGGCGAUCGCAGUGACGGCCCUGCUCUGGAUGGAGAUAGGAAUAUCGUGCCUUGCUGGGAUGGCAGUUCUAAUUGUUCUCCUGCCCUUGCAAAGCUGUUUCGGGAAGUUGUUCUCAUCACUGAGGAGUAAAACUGCAACUUUCACGGACGUCAGGAUCAGGACCAUGAAUGAAGUUAUAACUGGCAUAAGGAUAAUAAAAAUGUAUGCCUGGGAAAAGUCAUUUUCAGAUCUUAUUACCAAUUUGAGAAGGAAGGAGAUUUCCAAGAUUCUGAGAAGUUCCUACCUCAGAGGGAUGAAUUUGGCCUCGUUUUUCAGUGCAAGCAAAAUCAUUGUGUUUGUGACCUUCACCACCUAUGUGCUCCUUGGCAAAGUGAUCACCGCCAGCCGCGUGUUUGUGGCAGUGACGCUGUAUGGGGCUGUGCGGCUGACGGUCACCCUUUUCUUCCCCUCAGCCAUUGAGAGGGUGUCAGAGGCAAUCGUCAGCAUCCGAAGAAUCCAGAACUUUUUGCUACUUGAUGAGAUAUCACAGCGCAACCGUCAGCUGCCGUCAGAUGGUAAAAACGUGGUGCAUGUGCAGGAUUUUACUGCUUUUUGGGAUAAGGCAUCAGAGACCCCAACUCUGCAAGGCCUUUCCUUUACUGUCAGACCUGGUGAAUUGUUAGCUGUGGUCGGCCCCGUGGGAGCAGGGAAGUCAUCACUGUUAAGUGCUGUGCUUGGGGAAUUAGCCCCAAGUCACGGGCUGGUGAACGUGCGUGGAAGAAUUGCCUAUGUUUCUCAGCAGCCCUGGGUGUUCUCGGGAACUGUGAGGAGUAAUAUUUUAUUUGGGAAGAAAUACGAAAAGGAACGAUAUGAGAAAGUCAUAAAGGCUUGUGCUCUGAAAAAGGAUUUACAGCUGUUGGAGGAUGGCGAUCUGACCGUGAUAGGAGACCGGGGAACCACACUGAGUGGAGGGCAGAAAGCGCGGGUCAACCUUGCAAGAGCAGUGUAUCAAGACGCUGACAUCUAUCUCCUGGACGAUCCUCUCAGCGCAGUAGAUGCGGAAGUUAGCAGGCACCUGUUCGAGUUGUGUAUUUGUCAAACUUUGCAUGAGAAGAUCACAAUUUUAGUGACGCAUCAGUUGCAGUACCUCAAAGCUGCAAGUCAGAUUCUGAUAUUGAAAGAUGGUAAAAUGGUACAGAAGGGUACUUACACCGAGUUUCUGAAAUCUGGGCUAGAUUUUGGCUCCCUUUUAAAGAAGGACAAUGAGGAAGGUGAACAGCUUCCAGUUCCAGAAACUCCCACACUGAGGAAUCGUACCUUCUCAGAGUCUUCGGUUUGGUCUCAGCAGUCUUCUAGACCCUCCUUGAAAGAUGGUGCUCUGGAGAGCCAAGAUACAGAGAAUGUCCCAGCUGCACUCUCAGAGGAGAACCGUUCUGAAGGAAAAGUUGGUUUUAAGGCCUAUAAGAAUUACUUCAGAGCUGGUGCUCACUGGAUGGUCAUCAUUUUCCUCGUUCUCUUAAACGCUGCAGCUCAGGUUGCCUAUGUUCUUCAAGAUUGGUGGCUUUCAUACUGGGCAAACAAACAAAGUAUGCUAAAUGACACUAUAAAUGGAGGAGGAAAUGUAACCGAGAAGCUAGAUCUUAACUGGUACUUAGGAAUUUAUUCAGGUUUAACCGUAGCUACCGUUCUUUUUGGCAUAGCAAGAUCUCUAUUGGUAUUCUACGUCCUUGUUAAUUCUUCACAAACUUUGCACAACAAAAUGUUUGAGUCAAUUCUGAAAGCUCCGGUAUUAUUCUUUGAUAGAAAUCCAAUAGGAAGAAUUUUAAAUCGUUUCUCCAAAGACAUUGGACACUUGGAUGAUUUGCUGCCGCUGACAUUUUUAGAUUUUAUCCAGACAUUGCUACAAGUGGUUGGUGUGGUCUCUGUGGCUGUGGCAGUGAUUCCUUGGAUCGCGAUACCCUUGGUUCCCCUUGGAAUCAUUUUCAUUUUCCUUCGGCGAUAUUUUUUGGAAACGUCAAGAGACGUGAAGCGCCUGGAAUCUACAACUCGGAGUCCGGUGUUUUCCCACUUAUCAUCUUCUCUCCAGGGGCUCUGGACCAUUCGGGCAUACAAAGCAGAAGAGAGGUGUCAGGAACUGUUUGAUGCACACCAGGAUUUACAUUCAGAGGCUUGGUUCUUGUUUUUGACAACGUCCCGCUGGUUUGCAGUCCGUCUGGAUGCCAUCUGUGCCAUGUUUGUCAUCGUCGUUGCCUUUGGGUCCCUGAUUCUGGCAAAAACUCUGGAUGCUGGUCAGGUUGGCUUGGCGCUGUCCUAUGCCCUCACGCUCAUGGGGAUGUUUCAGUGGUGUGUUCGACAAAGUGCCGAAGUUGAGAAUAUGAUGAUCUCAGUAGAGAGGGUGAUUGAAUACACAGACCUUGAAAAAGAAGCACCUUGGGAAUACCAGAAACGCCCACCAGCAGCCUGGCCCCAUGAAGGAGUGAUCGUCUUUGACAAUGUUAACUUCAUGUACAGUCUAGAUGGGCCUGUGGUACUGAAGCACCUGACAGCACUCAUUAAAUCACGAGAAAAGGUUGGCAUUGUGGGAAGAACUGGAGCUGGAAAAAGUUCCCUCAUCUCGGCCCUUUUUAGAUUGUCAGAACCCGAAGGUAAAAUUUGGAUUGAUAAGAUCUUGACAACUGAAAUUGGACUUCACGAUUUAAGGAAGAAAAUGUCAAUCAUACCUCAGGAACCUGUUUUGUUCACUGGAACAAUGAGGAAAAACCUGGAUCCCUUUAAUGAGCACACGGAUGAGGAACUAUGGAAUGCCUUACAAGAGGUACAGCUUAAAGAAACCAUUGAAGAUCUUCCUGGCAAAAUGGAUACUGAACUAGCAGAAUCAGGAUCCAAUUUUAGUGUGGGACAAAGACAACUGGUGUGCCUUGCCAGGGCAAUUCUCAGGAAAAAUAAGAUAUUGAUUAUUGAUGAAGCGACGGCAAAUGUGGAUCCAAGAACUGAUGAGUUAAUACAAAAAAAAAUCCGGGAGAAGUUUGCCCACUGCACUGUGCUAACCAUCGCACACAGAUUGAACACCAUUAUUGACAGCGACAAGAUAAUGGUUUUAGAUUCAGGAAGGCUGAAAGAAUAUGAUGAGCCAUAUGUUUUGCUGCAAAAUAAAGAGAGCCUAUUUUACAAGAUGGUGCAACAGCUGGGCAAGGCAGAAGCCGCUGCCCUCACUGAAACAGCAAAACAGGUAUACUUCAAAAGAAAUUAUUCACAUAUCAGUCACACCGACCAUGUGGUCACAAACACUUCCAGUGGACAGCCCGCGGCCUUAGCUAUUUUUGAGACUGUACUAUGAAUCCAACCAAGAAGUCAGGUGUGUUCCAAAAGCGUUUUCCGCUAGUUUUUGGACUAUGUAAACUACAUUGUACUUUUUUUUACUUUAGCAACAAAUAUUUAUACAUACAAGAUGUUGAUUUGAAUUUUUCUCCUGACUUAUCUGGUGAUCUCCAGCUCUAACAAAAUGUUUUAUUUUUAUUUAAAUGUCAACCGUUGUUCUUUAAAAUCCAAAUCAGAGGUGUAGGCCACCAGUUAAAUGCUGUCUAUCAGGUUUUGUGCCUUAAGAGACUACAGAGUCAAAGCUCAUUUUUAAAGGAGUAGGACAUAGUUGUCACAGGUUUUUGUUGUUGUUGUUGUUUUUACUGCCCCCAAAAUUACAUGUUAAUUUCCAGUUAUAUCAGGGAUUCUAUUUACUUGAAGACUGUGAAGUUGCCAUUUUGUCUCAUUGUUUUCUUUAGACAUAACUAGGAUUCAUUAUUUCCCCUGAAGGCUUCUUGUUAGAAAAUAGUACAGUUAAAACCAAUAGGAACAACCAAAAACAAGUUUGCAACAUUGUAGUAGGGAGAAUGUACCCCCUACUCCCCUCAAAAGAAAAAAAUGGAUAUAUGGUUAAAGGAUAGAAGGACAAUAUUUUAUCAUAUGCUCUGAAAGAGAAGGAAGAGAAAAUACUACUUUCUCAAAAUCGAAGUCCUUAAAGGUGCUUUGAUACUGAAGGACACAAGUGUGACCAUUAGAGUUGCAUGACUUGGACAUGGGAACUUGCAGAUUUAGACUCAGCAACGUGACAUGUCCUAAGAAGGCCAGACCUCUAGCUGACAUUCCUGAAAUACAUGGCAUUAUUCUUUUUUGGAUUUCUCAUUUAUGGAAGGCUAACCCUCUGUUGACUGUAAGCCUUUUGGGUUAGGCUUUAUUGAAAUCCUUCCUAAAUUGCAUGAACAGGCUUUGCUAACGUGAUGAGACAAACUGAGAAUUGUUGCAAGCAUUGACUCUUAAUCUGCAGUGCAUUCUCAGGAUGCAUCCAAUGGUUCACUUUCCUGAGCCUGUUCAGGUUAGUUUACUUCCGAUCACCAAUAGCAUUGUCAUUUGCCCUUUCUGUUGAAUGAAUCAGCAAACCACAAUACUUCCUGGGACCUGUUGUACUUUAUUUGAACUAUGAGCCUUUAAUUUUUCUGGAUGGUGAUGACUGUGAGCUGAGUUCAGUUUACUAAAGGUUUUGCUAUUAUGGUUUGAAGUGAAUUCUCAUGACCUCUCAGUAUAAGGCGUUACCUCCCUGAAAUUGCAUAUGUGCAUAGACAUGCACACAUGUGCAUUUAUGUGUAUACAUAUAUGUGCCCUUCAUAGAGCAAAUUUUUUGAUUCAUCAGCAGAGAGAAACAGAUGUUUUAUUGAGGGAAGCCUUAAAAAGCACACACAGAGCUAACUACCAAAAUACAUUGACUGUAGUGACUGUUCAACUUCUAGUACUUAGAAAUGUGUGGUUAAUGGUCUGUCCAAUAAGCCACACACAGUAAAUGUUUAUUAAUAGUCAUGAUUCGUAUUUUAGGUGACCAAAAUGACAGCAGUGAUCAUACUGAGGUUUGUUAAAACGUUAGCUAUAUUUGAAAUGUCUGUAUGUUUAUUUGGUCUUUUGAGGCUAAAGACAGUCAUAUAAAUGACCUGUUUUUGUUUUAAUGUUAUCAUAGGAUUUUUUAAUGAAACCAAAUUCAGUUGAAAUAAAUGAUAGUUUUCAUCUCCAUUCAGA